AUUAAGAAAACAACAAAAGAACCAACCAUCAUAACAAACAACAAAGUGAAAACAACUGUGUGAGACUGUGGAUUUCAUAUGAAACCAUCAAACUCCACCUGCUGUAGUGCCACUCUUUCUUAGGUUCAACAUACUUUUGCUAAUCAACCUAAUCUUUCACCAACUCACUAUAAAUAUGCACCCAACUUCAUACACUCUUCAAUCAUAUAUUCACCUCUUUACAAACAUUUCUUUCAUUGUUAGCUUUUGUUCAACUCAAAUUAACUCUAUCUUGAAAAAUGGCAAAGGGAAAUGUUGCUGCUAACUCUCCACUUGAGAGAACUAGUUUGGCUUAUCUAGAUCAGAGGAUGGCCGUGGCCAAGCGCUGUUCUCAUGAAGGUGUGAUGGCUGGAGCUAAGGCUGCUGUUGUUGCUACUAUUGCCACUGCCAUUCCAACUCUGGCUAGUGUUAGGAUGCUACCUUGGGCAAGAGCCAACCUCAAUCACACUGCUCAAGCUCUCAUUAUUUCAACAGUGGCUGGAGCAGCAUAUUUCAUUGUAGCUGACAAGACUGUCUUGGCAACUGCGAGGAAGAACUCCAUCAACCGUACCUCCAAUGCAUGAACUCCAAAUGCAUAACUUCAAUCAUGGAUUCGGAUGCAUCGGUAGAUCUUAAAUUCUGAAUUAACAUUAAGCUAGUUUCGUCGUGGAUCUCAUCAUAUAUGUACUUGUAAAUAAAGAAUGGUUUGCAUCUCAAUAGUGACAGAACUCUCAUGUACUACCUAUCGAUCAUGCUUAAUUAUAUGAAUGCAAAUCAAUAACUUUUCUUUUCAUAAUAA